AUGUCGUACUCGCCUGGUGCUAGUAGCGGGUCCCACUACUCCCACAAAUCUUCUAGACCAUAUCCUGGGAGGGAAUUAUCCCCAGAUGAGGAGGAGCGCAAGGGCCUGCUCACCGCGCACCCUGUUACUCUCAACAAAGAAGCCCGAGAUUACUAUGACCUUGAAGACCAGACACCCCGCUCCUUGUCCCGGAAACAAAUCAUAUGGAUAGCGACUGGAUUCAUAGCGCUUCUAGUAUCAGGAACGUUUGUUCGGACACUACUAAUCCCUCCUCAUCCGAAUCAGGCGUUUGUUGGGGAGAAGCUAAGGUCCAAUGGGACACAUGAUUUCAGGCGAACGGUUGUGCUUGUCUCCAUAGACGGCUUGCGAGCGGACUACCUGGAUAGAGGGUUUACGCCUCAUCUGCUCGAUAUAAGCAAGCAAGGAAUUAGAGCCAAGUUCAUGCGCCCCAUAUUUCCAACUCUAACGUUCCCGAACCACUGGUCUCUCAUGACGGGUCUUUACGCCGAAUCUCAUGGCAUCGUCGCCAAUAAUUUCUGGGACCCCGCCAGCCGUACCGAAUUUCAUUACAAUCAAGUGAAGUCAUGUUGGAACUCUUCUUGGUGGUCCGGUGAGCCAAUGUGGGAGACUGCUCGUCGAGCGGGAAUGAUCACGGCUAACCUCAUGUGGCCCGGUCCGCCCAAGACAAGUUCUGGUGCCGAGUCGACAUUCUUCGUUCCGUGGAAGGACAAGGUUCCCUUGAAAGCGAAACUCGACCAAAUAAUCUCAUGGAUAGACCUCCCGCUUCAAGAGCGGCCCCAGCUAAUUCUAGCGUAUGAGCCGUCUCUUGACCAAGCUGGACAUGCCACUGGUCCAAUGUCUGCUCUUGUAAAUCAAACCCUACGACAAGUCGACGUUUUUGCGAAGGAUCUUCACACACAACUACAGGCUCGCAACCUCACUGACAUCGUCGAUAUUGUUUUCGUCAGCGAUCACGGCAUGACCGACACCAGCCACCCUGAGCUCAUAUUUAUGGACGAUAUCCUUGGUUCUGACGGUCUGAAAAUGAUUGAGCACGAAGACGGGUGGCCUUCGAUGGGUUUACGAUUCCGCCCGCAGGCCAACGCCUCCUAUUAUCUCGAGAAGUUGAUUCAAGCUUCGGAAGCGAACGGUCAUAAAUUCGAUGUAUAUACACACGAGACCAUGCCGGAGAGAUAUCAUUUUUCGCACAACGAUAGGAUUGCACCAAUCUACGUCGUACCAAAGAUGGGGUAUGCCCUUACAACUUAUGAACAGGGCAAUGUCGGGAUGAGCAAAGGAAACCAUGGUUACGAUAACAUGGAACCUUCGAUGCGCGCUAUGUUUGUAGCACACGGUCCAUUCUCCGCCGUGGCCAAGGUCCUUCACCACUCCGCGUCCUCUUCCGCUCAUUUCUUGUCGCGCCCCAACAAGGGAUGGCACUCAGCAUCAGACGAUACAUACAUCAUGGACGGCUUCCAGAACGUCGAGCUGUAUAACCUUGUUAUGAAGUUGCUUGGUAUCCAGCGGUACGCGGCGAAGAACAACGGAACGAUUGGGUUCUGGGAUAGGUACUUUUGA